UCUCCGCAUGAACAAAGCCCAGCAACUAUAAAAAGGCUACUUCCGCUCCCAGAUCCAAAAUAUAGAAACUCCUGACAUCCUCCUCUCUGGUCGUCUUUCAAACUCCAAGCUGUAUUACAGUGCCUAAAGCCAUGUCCAACGGCUCACCCUCUCUGCCGCCGGGCUUCCGCUUCCAUCCCACCGAUGAAGAGCUCAUCCUUCAUUAUCUACGCAAGCGAUUGGGGCCGUCGCCCUGUCCUUCGUCGAUCAUUGCUGAUGUCGAUAUAUACAAGUUCAAUCCAUGGGACCUUCCAGAAAAAGCUACGUUUGGGGAUAGAGAAUGGUACUUCUUCAGCCCAAGGGAUCGAAAGUAUCCCAAUGGCAUCCGGCCCAACCGGGCGGCGGCGUCGGGGUACUGGAAGGCGACUGGAACGGACAAGCCGAUAACGAUGAGCAAAGGAAAUGAGAGCAUCGGAGUUAAGAAGGCUUUGGUGUUCUACAUGGGCAAGCCGCCCAAGGGUGUGAAGACUAACUGGAUCAUGCAUGAGUACAAACUAGUUGAGUCUCUGAACAAAAGUAAAAGAAGGCCAGCGAAGCAUAAGGAGGACUCCAUGAAGUUGGAUGAUUGGGUUCUCUGUCGAAUCUAUCAGAAGACCAACUAUCACAGUUCGGUGGAUCAAGAGCAAGAAAACUCUGCUGGAGAAAAAGCCAGCUUGCAGAAAUCAAUAAUCAAUAGCAAGAUCCACAAGUCUUUCUCUUUGUCUGAGCUUCUAAUCGAGGAGACUGAUUUCUCUUUACUGUCUCGUCUGCUGGACACGCCAUCGAGCACCCCAGUAUUAGGCCAGGCUCCAUUUUCAAACGCUAAUUUUAGCCAGCACUCAACGGAGAAUAUCAGCAACACAAGUAGCAGCUACUUAACAUCGCAAGCCAUAGAAUCAGAAUCCUCUGCUUUGGUUUCUGAAAACAGUUUGAAACGACAAAGAAUGACGGGAAACUUCGAGGUUGAUGAGUUUGGAGGUUAUCUGAAUCCUUCGAAGAGGAUCAACACUUACUCACAAAUUUAUGAUCAACUUAUCAAUCAGUUUGACAUCUCUCAGACCUUCUUCUACCAGCAUCUUAUGCUGAAUUCUCAGUUGGGAAAGCCCUAAGCUUAUAGAAACAUCUAAAUGAGGAAAACAAAAGAACAAACGUAGAGUAUCAGUGGAGGAUUACUUGUCAAAUUUGGUGUUAAAAGUAGAAGCUCUCAAUGAAAAUUUGGGAGGGAAGGUUCGCUUGAGUGAAAGAAGGUGGCUAAUUAUAAUUUUGGAAGGGUGAACAUGUAAAUAUUUUAUGUUGAUCAUUUGUGUUGAAGUUUGUUUUGCUUCUUUCCUCCUUUUAAGGAUUCUAGAAUACUGCCUCGUAUUGAAGAGUUGCGUAAUGAAUAGAAAUGUCUGAAAUCAUGUCUCUGGUCUCA